AUGGAAGAUUUAAAUGAUGAACAACGUGCAUUGAUUCCUAAUCCUUUAGGUGAACUAACAUUACAUUGUAUUAAUAAAGGUUUUCAAUUAGGAUCUACAGUAACAAUGGCAACAAUAUUACCAUAUCAAUUAUAUAAAUCAAGAAAAAAUCUUUCAUUUAUUUCAACAUUAAAUCGUGUUGGAACUGCAACAAUAUAUGCUUCUAUUAUUGGUGCUGGCCUUAGUUUAGGUUUGAUGCAGGCGAAAUUAUAUUCAGAAAAAUAUAAUCAAUAUAAAAUAUGGGAUAGAGCAUAUCGUUUACGUCAUUCUAAAAGUCAACAACGUGUUGAUAAAUAUGUAUUUACAUAUUCAAUGGCUGGUGGAUUAGCUGGAUUGAUUAUUGGUUUACCAACAAAAUUUCACCCAUUAUCAGUAAUUAAAGGUGCAUUCAUGGCUAUUCCAUUAGGUAUUAUUACACAUUUGAUAAAAGGACCUACAGAAAAUUAA